UCGCAGGCCCCUGCAGCGUCCGUCUUGACCCUUGAGCCGGCGAACCUCUGGUGUCUGGUGGGGGAGCUGGCCAUGGGGAGCCGACCCCGUCACCGCGUAUCUUGUGCUCGUCCAAGAACGCGGCAUUGAGGGCCUCCGGAGAUUUGAUCUGCCAGCAAAGACUGAACCUUGGAUGACGACUGCCGUAACCCUCUGGCAGCCGCGGCGACCCUUCUGGACUGCUUCUGCGUCGUGCUCCCGGCACCACUUUGACACACCCAUUGUGGCUGCACGGCUGUCACAUCCACCGUCACUAGAGCACCGCUGGGGAGCCCAUUUACCUUGCAUACUCCCUUUGCAGCUGCAUCCGGCAAGCAGGGCAGUCUUCCUUUUCUCGUUAGCACCGCUGUUUCCAGGUUCUUUUCUUUUUUCUUUGUUCUUACGGGUCAACUGCUGCAGGCAUUCUCAGCGGUGCUGGGUCGCUACUUUUACGGGUCCACCGCUCCAAGCAUCCCUGGUCGUGCAUCUAAACCAUGCACUUAUCGCCGCGGUGGCUCCUCGUGGCACCGCUGCACCUGUGCCAUCCACCCAAUCCUGCAAUUCUCUCGCUCAGGCACGAUAUCGACAUCUUACAGCACCAUCCCACGAGAGGUGCUAGCAGCGGUUGGUUCGUCUAAGAGCAACAAAGGACGAGGGUGGUCCCCCUCCCCCUUCUCUUGGCCACGACCACGGCCACGGAUCCUGGCUCCGGUCUUGUCAAAUCCUUCGUCGCUCGUCCUCUUUGGGGUUCCAUAAAUCUUCUUAUUACUACGUACGGCAUCCUCUCCCCUUCCCACGUCGUAUUCGACCUACCUUUCCUGGCUCCAGGUGCUGAUCGUUUGCAACCAGCGCCGAUCGC